CAAUAUUCCUGGCAUAUAAUUAAAUACUCUACCUCUAAAUUCACCCUUUCAUUUGCUAUUUAUUACAGUCUAGACCUUUUACAGCAUCAGUUCAAGAACUAAGCUUUACCAAGCAAACCUAGUAGAGGGCUAUGAUGUGGCUGCUUUGGGCAGCAGCAGGCUUAAUCCAACAGGCAGUUGCUUCAGAAGAAUCCCUGAGCAGAAGACAUCUGAAUCCUCAAGAAUUUAUGACUAUUAAUGAAAUCAUCCACUAUUGGGGGUACCCUGGUGAAGAGCAUAAUAUCCUGACAACAGAUGGAUAUUUUCUGAAGGCAAACAGAAUUCCUUCUGGAAUACACUGUCCUAAGACAGGGCCUAAACCAGUUGUGUUAUUGGUACAUGGCUUGCUUGCUGAAGGUAGGUGCUGGAUUGCAAAUCUUCCCAGCAAUAGUCUGGGAUUUUUUCUAGCAGAUGCUGGUUAUGAUGUCUGGAUAAUAAAUACUAGAGGUAGCACCUGGUCUAGAAGACAUCAAAACCUUUCAAUUGACGAACAAGAAUUCUGGGAAUUCAGUUUUCAUGAAAUAGCGAUUUAUGAUAUUCCAGCAACAAUAAAAUUCAUUCUGCAUAAAACUAAGCAAGAGAGAUUAUAUUACAUUGGCCAUUCCCAAGGUGGGACUCUAGGCUUUGUUACCUUUUCACUCUUGCCAGAAGUGGCUCAGAAAAUCAGUCUCUAUCUGUCCUUUGCUCCUGGCUACACAUUGGUGAAGAGCAAAGGACUUUUCUAUACACUUUUGGCAAUUCCUGAUGGACUCAGAAGACUUAUCUGGGGCAAUAAAGAAUACUGCCUUCUUAGUAACAGACUGAAAGCCAUCAUUGCCAAGGCAUGCAGCUACCCAGUAAUAGACAGGCUUUGUCUCCAAGGCCUUUUCAUUGGUGUAGGAUUCAAUGAGAAAAAUACAAACGUGAGUCGAGCAGAUGUGUAUAUUGGAAUCUUUCCUGACUUUUCUUCUGUAAAAGCCGUAAAUCAUUGGAGCCAGAUCACUAUUUCACACAAAUUUAGAUAUUAUGACUAUGGCUCCAAGAACAAAUUUAUAUACAACAUGACCACACCUCCAUUUUAUAGAAUAGAAGACAUGACUGUGCCAACAGCUGUGUGGAGUGGAGGAAAUGACAUUAUGGAAGAUGAAAAAGAUAUUCAACUCUUGCUUCCUCGAAUCUCUUGUUUAGCUUUUUAUAAGAAUAUUCCUGACUGGCAACAUUUGGAUUUUAUAUUUGGCCUUGAUGCUCCUAAGCGUCUAUAUCCUGAUGUGCUUAAUCUGAUGAAGAAGUACAAAUAA